GGGCCCGAUCGAGUACACUUUGCAACGAAAUACUUUUCCAUCUGCCCGUCGGCUAUUACGCGACGGUGGGCUAUUCAAUUUCCAUCCCGUCGUAGUGUGCCAAGCCACAACAGCCAGCAGAACUGCUUCCUGAACUGCAGCGCGGCAAUUCCCGCGAAUAGAAAAAUCAACAUGGAAACACGAAUAGGAUUAUUAGGAUUAUUUUUCUAUUACUUCGUCGUGAUUGCUACGGUGCUUAACAUCAUCAGUGGCGAAGUGCAAUCCUACUGGGAGCAACCCUUUGCGCAGCCUUACUUCGACAAUAGCACAAAGCGGGAGGUUACCGCCACCGUGGGUCAAUCCGCAUUACUGCACUGCAGAGUCCGGAAUCUGGGCGACCGAGCGGUGUCCUGGAUACGGAAACGUGACUUACAUAUCCUCACCGUGGGCAUUCUCACCUACACCAACGACCAGCGCUUCCAGUCGCUUCACACCGAGGGCAGCGACGAGUGGACGUUGCGCAUCACCUCACCGCAGCCCCGGGAUUCCGGCACCUACGAGUGUCAGGUAUCGACGGAGCCAAAAAUUUCCCAAGCCUUCCGACUGAACGUAGUGGUUUCGAAGGCAAAAAUACUCGGCAACUCGGAGCUAUUUAUCAAAAGCGGAAGCGAUAUCAAUCUAACAUGUGUUGCACUGCAGUCACCGGCGCCACCAUCGUUCAUCUACUGGUACAAGGGCGGCCGGGUCGUUAAUUACUCGCAGCGCGGCGGCAUCAGCGUCCUGACGGAGCGACAAACCAAGACCAGUAAAUUAGUGAUUGCACGCGCCAUGCCGUCAGACUCCGGCAACUACACCUGUUCGCCGAGCAGCUCCGACUCCGCCAGCGUUGUGGUGCACGUCAUCAACGGUGAGCAGCCAGCCGCAAUGCAGCACGGCAAUAGCAGCGCUAAUAGCGUUUUAAUAAAUAAUCGCAGCUUUAGCCACCGUGGCCACGGGCCACUAGACCGCUGGCUGGCCUACAUGGGUGGGAGUAAAAAUUUAAUAUUAUCAUUAGCAUCGUCCGGGCUGUGCUGGCUGGUAAAAUCGAUCAGCCCGUUCGGUGGUCACGGCAGGUGAUUUACGGCGUAAAAACCUCACCGAGAUAGUGAACCGCGGAGGAGGCAGCGGGAGGGGGAGCUACCGUGAGCUGGAUGAAGGAGGAAUGUCCAACCGGAAUGUGGAUAUCAUCAUGUGAAUAUUUAUAGUUAGACAAAAUCUAGUUUUUAAGAACGUCCACAAAACUCCACGGUGGUUGAAACCCGCACAAGUGGCUGGCUGCGUUAACGUCUUCGGAGUUCACCGGUUUCCUUGGACACCAAACCACCGCACACCCCCCAUUAACAACAACUACCGCAGGUUAGCAUGGGCGUGUUGCAGAGCAUAAAUAUGCUAUUAGCGAAAGUGCAGUUCGAACGAAUCGAACGAUCGACAUGUGCCACGGAUCCAUUUGCAUUACAAAACCUAACCGGCACACGGUUAAACAUGGCCGUCAAACACACACACACAACAAUGCACCGGAAUGUCAGCAUUCAACAACCCCCCCUCCACGAAUGUGCUGAUCUUCGAUACCGUUCCAAAACUCGAAAAUCCGCAAAUGUAAAUAAUCCAUUAGCCGUCACACAAACUAUGGCACACAUAAAUGGAACAUACCGGUGAAAGCUCGAUCGUCAUACAUCUUUCAUGUUACAAUCUGCAUAGCAACCACCACCCCGCACAGAUCAAAAGCUCACUACCACCGCAGCCUACUACUAUGCCAAAGACAACACACUCACACACAUCCCCCACCUCCUGUUGUGUACACCUGUUGUUUCCUUUCCAUCCCACACAUACACAUGCUUAUCUCCCGCGGGUAACCAAAGAGAGUUGUUCGUACCCAUUGUAUAUAGAUAGUAAGAUGGCUGGCUGUCCGGUAUGCAGCCACAAUGCAGGAUACUCCACAAGUUUAGCAAGGCAACAAAAGGAACGGAGAUCGAAAGUGUGGUUCGAGGGAAGUUCACUGACUCCCACGAAGCACGGGCGUAGUAUAAGACUUGUUAUCAUUAGCUGAAAUUCACCCUCCCGCACCCAUUCCUGUCCAUCCCUACCACAUGCAGAGUGGGCUAUACCACCUAAGAAGUGGUAAUCUUAUCAUUUUCCAACCGACAACCCAUUCCUGUCCCGUUUAUGUACACAGUGUAUCGUCUUUCUCGCAAAAAAAAAAUCCCACCCUGUAGCUGUACAUUCAUCAUAGGAUUUUUGUUUCGUCCCCAUGUUUGCGAGUCUUCCCGUGCAAGGUAACAAAACAAAACGAGAGCAAAAACAUUCAACCGAAACGGUAGUAGAUUGCAGCUCUCCGAAGGGAAGCACACAUCUUCUUUACACAUUUACACUUCCUUCCGACCCAGCCGCAAUCAUCAUCGGCAUCAUCAUCAUCACCAUCCUUCUGCAAUACCUAUAUACGAUUUUACUGUACGUAAUGAUGUUGCAUAGACGCAAAUAAAUU